AUGCCUCCUGCUGGGAUUUUGCCGAGUAGAGCGCUCCCAUUGAAGGAGUCUGGUCUCUUCAAGGAGGUCCUCCACUACUAUGAAGACAGGCAACUGAAGAAGGGCCUCAAGACUGCGGAUGCUAUCCUCAAAAAGUUCCCUAAUCAUGGUGAAACCUUGUGCAUGAAGGGACUCAUCCUCACACAUCUCGGCCGGCGCGAGGAAGGCCUCGAACUCGUGAAGCAGGGCGUCCGCCUCGAUCUCACCUCGCACAUAUGCUGGCAUGUCUUUGGCCUCAUCCAGAAGGGCCAGAAAAACUAUGAAGAGGCUCUUAAAUCUUACACUCAAGCCUUGCGCUUUGACAAGGAAAACAUGAACAUCCUCCGCGACGCCGCGCAUCUGCAGACGCAGUUGCGGCUCUACGACGGGCUUGUCGAGACCCGCCACACCCUCCUCAGGCUACGGCCUCAGCUCCGUCAGAACUGGAUCGCACUCGCCGUUGCGUACCACCUGAGCGGCAACCUCGCAGAGGCGAAGAGUGUGCUCGAACAGUAUGAGCGCAUCGUCAAGAAUGUGCCCGACUACGACGUCGAGAUGUCCGAGAUCCUGCUAUAUCACGUCCGUGUCUUGGAGGAGCUCGGCGAGUACGCGGACGCGCUCUCGCUCCUUGACGCCAAUGCCAAGUCGCGCGCUAUCAUCGACCGGGUCGCGAUUCAGGAGUUCCGAGCGCGAAUUUUGUCGAAGGCUGGUAAGGACGAGGCGCAGCAGGCGUGGCAGGGGCUCAUCGAGCAGAACCCGAACUGCUGGGAUUAUUAUAAGGGGUACCUGGCAAGUCGCGGAAUUGACCUCGAGGCUAUCACGGACGAGCAACGAGAUCAAGCUCUGCACAGCUUGCACGACUUCUCGGCCCAAUUUCCUAAAGCAUCCGCCCCACUCCGAAUAGCACUUGAGAUCGCUCAAGGAGACAAAUUCACCAAGCUCGUCCAGCCCUACCUCAAGACUCGCCUCGAGAAGGGCGUCCCCUCCCUUUUCGCCGACCUCAAGUCCCUCUAUCGCUCCUCCUCAAAGCGCGACACCAUCGAGCAGACUGUCACCUCCCUUCUGUCGACGCUCGUCCACCCCGCAACCUCCCCUUCGCCGCCCGACACCGACCCCACAGAGUACAUAUGGGCGCUUUACUACCUGGCACAGCAUCACUCGUUCUUGGGAAGUCACAAGAAAGCGAUCGAGCUGCUAGAUGAGGCGAUUGGACACACGCCGACGCUGCCCGAGCUGUAUAUGUUCAAGGCGCGUGUCCUGAAGCGCGCGGGGGACCCCUUCGGAGCGGCGAAGAACAUGGAUUUGGCGAGGACGCUGGAUCUGCAGGACCGGUUCUUGAACACGAAGGCGGGCAAGUAUCGCCUGAGGGCAGGGUUGAUCGAUGAGGCGGUCGAAGUGUUUGGGCUAUUCACAAAGAAAGAUGCCCCGAGCCCGUCGCAGGACCUGGAAGACAUGCAGUCGCUGAUAUACCUGACCGAGGAGGCGGACGCGCAGCUGCGUAAUGGGAACCUCGCGAUGGCGCUGAAGAAGUACGAUGCGAUCCAUAGGAUCUUUGAUGUCUUUGAGGAUGACCAGUUCGACUUCCACGGGUACUCCGUGCGCAAGUUCACGAUCAACAUCUACCUGAACUUGAUCAAGUGGGAGGACAACUUACGGUCACAUCCUGCGUACGUCCACUCAGCCAUCGAGGCUUCUCGAAUACUCGUCAAAGUACACGAUGACCCGUCGUUAGCGACAAAGCCUUCGUCUGAGUCGGAACUCUCCAAGAAGCAGAAGAAGAAGGCGAAAAGAGCCGAAAAGAAGGUCCAGGAGGAGGCCAAGAAGGCUAACCAGAACUCCGCUAACGAGGACAAGGGCCUUGAUAUCGGUCCACUCAAGGACGAAGAUCCGGAUGGCACGAAGCUCCUGCAAGCGUCGGACCCGCUCGAGCGUGCAGCAAAGGUGCUCAAACCUCUAACCACGAUGGCUAAAGAUAACAUCGAUGCGUGGCUCGCAAUCCACGACGUCGCGGUCCGGCGGAAGAGAUAUCUGCAAGCCAUUCAGGCUCUGAACCGCGCACAUGCAUUGAACGCAGACUCACCAGAACUGCAUUUCCGUCUGGUUGACUUCCAGCGAAGAUACAAGCCGUCCGAGAACGCCGCCUCUGCCGCUUUGUCAGCGAUUCAGAAACUCAUACCGGAUGAAGUAUCGCUGGAGGUAUUCAACUCGCAAUACCUCCAGCGCCAUUCCUCACGAGCAGACGCGGUCCUUGCCGCCACGAAGGUCUCGCGGACGCUCGGCGCUCCUCGAGAAGAGGUCGAAGCGUCGAUCUUCACCGCGCUCAAUGCCGAUACAGAGCUCAAACUAGAGACGGCUCUCGCGAUCGUCGCGUUCCUGACCGAGAUCCGAUCGCAACGGGCAGAGGAGUUCCGAGCAGCCUGUAGAGCGAAGUUCCAGCUCUCAACGCUAUUUGUGCCUCCAGAGGACCUCGCUGCUGCGCAGAAGGCCGUCGUGCAGAAGGACCCAGUGGCGGACGCGGUCGAAGAGAAGGCGGAGAUUAUAAGCUAA